ACCAUGUCGUCUCUCGCCAGGCAACUGCAGGGGAUUGCCUCCCUCGACGCAGACCGUAUCACAUCCGCAUACGGUGCCCCCUCUGGAAAAUCAUACCUCUUUCCCCCAGACGUCGCUUCCGGCCAUGACAUCGACUCUAUCUUUGCUCUCGCCCAAUCCGGCUUCGACGAGCUUCUGGACAUCGACCCCGAGAUGGAGCAAUAUGAACGGGACCUGUUCAGUGAGGGGGCGAAGAGGACGGAUAGGAUGAUGUUGAGCAAGGAAGAGAACGAUGUGCUGGACGAGGCUUUGGAGGGGUGUUUGAGACGGUUGGGGAGGUGGAUUGGUGUGAUGGCUGCUGGCAAGUGUUUGGAGUGGCUGGUCAGGCGAUUCAGAGUGCACGAAAUGAACGCCGAGACGGUCCUUCGAGUCUUCCUUCCCUACCACGAAUCCCAGAAUUUCCCCCGGAUCCUCGCCAUCCUCACCUUGCCAACUACAUCUCCGUACCACGUCCCAUUCGCCCCCCUGAUCAAGAAUGCCCAAGCGAUCCCUCGGUCGUAUAUCGUGACGGCUAUAUCGCCCGCUAAAGACAAGUCCCUUCAUUUGCUAGGCGAUCUGAUCAGCUCUGUGCAGCAAGCUGUCAAAGAAGGCGUCGUCCACCGAGCGCUCUUAACCUUCUGGUCAGCUACUCUGGUCGACCUCUUGGAAGGUGCCAAGCGCGCGCAAGGUGUCAAUGAGGCUGUGGUGAGAUUGCUUGUUGAGGCGUUCGUCACCUUGUUGGAAACACCCAAGGCCGGAGAGGAUGUCAAUGCUGCCAUCUACCCACCUCUUGUGCUCCUCACUCGAGCCGAGCAUCUCGCCGAUGAGCCGUUCGCCGCCAUCCUCUCCUCCCUUCUCACUCCCGCCACUGGCGCCAACGCCUCCCAGCGUAUGCUCACUCUCCUCCUCAUCCUGAACGACCGUUCCAAUUGGGCUCUCGGUCUUGGACCACGAGCGAGUGAGAAUUUGGUCAAGGUCAGGCAUCUGGACCAGAUCUUGGUGGCUGCGAUGGACAAGUACGGCUUUGAGAACGCACUCAAGGUGCUUCUCGCGAGUCUUUUGGAGAAACCCGACCUCCAUGUCAAGAACUUGGCUGCUGUGCUCGAGCACAAGGCUCUUCCAGACAGCCUCGCUGAACUGGCGUCUAACAAACUCCUCCAGCUCGGCUCAAACACUAUCGACGACAGCGUCAAAGCCACUUGCAAGUCCCUGCUCUCCAACCUCCGUCAACGACACCCUACCAUCGUCGACUCUGCCUUCUUGAGUGCUUCAUCGUCUCUUGCCAUCUCAUCCCAGCCCAUCGACCAUGACCUCGUGCAAAAACCUUCAGACGAGGUUGCCUUCCUCGACGUAUACGCGGCGGAUGUGUCGAACCGAGUUGAAGGAGUCAAGGCGGUCUUUGAAAUGGCCAAAAAGGGCGAGGAUGUCGAGAGUGUCAUUUCUGCUCUUGAGGCGCGACUGAGUGAUGGCGAAGAAGAGGUCAUCAAGACGUUGUACGAAGAUGCCGAGGGUCUUUUGAGUAUCAUGCCCUUUGAACGGUACAUUGCAGGCGUCAAAGUGGCGUUCUGGGCUGCUCAGCCCAACCCCAAGCUUAUCGGUCGUCACCUCGACUUUGUGUCUCAGCACCUCAUCAAGGCGCACCCCGAGAGCGGCAAGAUUGUUUACGAGUCUUUGCUUUUCCCCGUCUUCCUCUCGACCGAGAGUCGACAGCCUCUUACCAAGACUGAAGCGCUCAAGCUCUUUGAUGGUGGAUUCAAGGGUUUGGAGAAGCUCGGCAAGAUCAGCUCGGAAAUCGUCAACGCCCGAGAGGAGGGCGUCAAGGGUGCUCAGAAGAGCAACUUGGUCAUCGCCAAAGCUUUGGCUGAAGCCACCUACGCCUCAGCCACUUUCGCCCACGACGUUGCGUUCCUGGUCUCGCAGCUUGCCUCCCCUCUGUCUGCUGCUCGACUUCUCGCUUAUAUGAUCCUUCAAACUCUGAUUGUCACCUUCCGUGGACCUCGACAGCUCUCGACCGCUUCUGCUGUACUCGUCAAUCUCGCACCUCGUCUUGCUGGACAUUCCUUGCGAGACAUCAAGCACGCCAGUGAACAUGUCGGUACUGAAUACCUCGAAGGCGUGUACAAGGGGCCUGAAGAAGGUCGAACGACUUUGAGAGCUGUCGUCAGCAUCCUUGCCUCCGCUUCCAAGAUAGUCAAGCCCGAGGAGCAGCUCAUCUGGCUGGCUAGCGAAAGCAAAGACAAGGAGCCAAUCUACAAGAGCUUGGCGUACCAGAUCUACCUCUGGGCCAACACGGCCGUCUUGCCCGCUCCCAUUGCCCAGUCGCUGCUUCGGUCGCUCUUGACUCAGCUGGGCGAAGAUGCGCUUCUGUUCUUUGCGUCUGUUUGGACUUCUCCUUCUGCGCUCUUCCCUUCAGCGCUUCGCACUUCGGCGUUGAGACAUGCUCUCGCCUUCAUCCGUGCUUACGCCGCGCUUCCUGCGACCCCAUCAAACCCUCCUGUGGAUUUCCAAGUCAUCCUACCUCAAGUGCUUAUUGCUCUUCAGGACAGCGAGCGACAGGUGCGCCAGGCGGCUGUGGAUGUACUCAAGGGUAUCUCUGGCGGUGAGGCCAUGGGCGACGUGUACGCGCUCGACGUUGUGUACGGCGAGAGAUCUGAAUCUGCUCAGCUGCUCAAGCCUGUCGACCGAAAGAAGUACAUCGAGACGCUUCUUGAAGUUGCCGACGAGUUCAUCAUCGACCCUCUCCGCAUCCGAGCGUUCCACACUGAAGUGCUCAAUAUGCAGCAACACAAGAACAGAAAGGAAUCCGCCCACCGUCGAGCUGUACUUGGUUUCUUGAUGUCGCAUAUCGCGGCGUACCGAUCCAUCCACCCUCGACUUGCGCUCCUCGCUCUGCUUGCUGAUGUGCACGAUACCUCGAUUCUGCGAUCUGCUGUUCCUCUUCUGGAGGAGCUGGCCAACGACAAGACUGAAGAGGCCGCUUGGCUUUCCUCUGUCGCUGAGAGCUCACGAAACGAGUAUCUGCAAGUGUUGUCGGGCAGUCUCAGAGUCCACAGUGUCGCUGUUCUCGCCGAGAACAACUCGGAAGGAUGGGCGUUCUUCUUGGGGCUUUUGGAUACGGCGCAGACUGGUCGAUUCCGCAAGCAGCUCCGCGAGCUGUCUCUCCAGGCUAUGGUACACGGCGUUUUCUCCGCUCUUACUACCUCACAAAAGAUCGACUACAUCACCGCUCUCAUUCAGUGCAUCCACUCUCUUCCCACCGAAGAGUCUCAUGAGACCAUCAAGGUGCUCGAGCAACUCGAAUUGACGCCUGACGCUCUCAUUGAACUGAUCGGGCAUCUGUCAGAUCCUUUGGAGACGAGCCAGAACAGAAAGAGGCAGAGGCAGGAUGGCUCUGAAGAUGACAGACCUACCCAGGCAGUCUUGGAGCUCACCACUCUUAUCGACUCUCGAACUUGGCCCUCAGUCCCGGCGUCUGCGCCCCUCAUCGCUUCCCUCAUGUCAAUCUUGUCUGCACUCCUCGCCAAGAGGCUCGUCAUCAAGGAAGGCAUCGAUUACCUCGAGCAAGAGGUGCUCUUUGCUAUCUUGUCUCUUUUUGAACGUGUCGACGAUGCCCAGGAGAUCCACAGGGCUCAUGUCGGUAUUGAGGUGAUUAUCAAGGUUGUCAGGGCGUCCACCAACCCAAGGACCGCGCAGAGGGCAUUGCUUGUGGCUAGCGAGCUCGCUAGGUUGAUCCCGGAGGCGGUCUUGCACAACGUUAUGCCCAUCUUUACCUUUAUGGGCGCCAGCGACUUCCAGAGGGACGACGCCUACACUUUCGGUGUAGUCGAGAAGACUGUGUCAAGGAUCGUUCCUGUCAUGACGGCAUCUCUGAAGGAGAAAGCUCAGACCUCUUUGGAACUCUACACCGAGUCUUUGACCUUCUUGAGCAUCUUCACGGACAUGGCCGGACGUUUACCGCGCCACCGAACUUUGCCGUUCUUUGUUCACCUUGUCAAGUCUCUUGGUGCCUCCGACUAUCUUGCUCCAGUAGCAAUGUUGCUUGUCAACCGGGCCACUACCAAGGCUGGUCGAAACAAGGAGCCUGUCUCUGUUGUGUUGGAUCUGCCAAGCAGCGUUGCCAGCGCAUUCGGUGUCACCGAAAAGGUCGUCGUGCUGCAAGAGGUGGUCCAGGAAUUGGGCAGACUGGUCGGAGAUCUGUCGAGGACCGACAAGAUGGCGUUCUUGAGUGAAACUCUUACUGAGACCGACGCUUCUGACCGCUCUCUUCGCCAGAUCACUCAUCUUCUUACCUUCCUGUCAUCUCUCAUCGCACAACUCCGAGGCAAGGCGUGUGAUCAAGCUUUGAUUCAAGCUUCUGUGCGCCAGCUGAUUGUCUUGGCUGCCUCUAUGGCUCAACCCGUCAUGGCAUCCACCGACAUCCCGUCGAGUAUGCACUCGGCGCUUGCUGGUACCAUGCUUCUCUUAUCUGUCGACAACUUUUUGGCUGUCACCGCCGGCCUUCUUGCCGAGGGCACCGAGCAAGAUAUUGUCAUGUCUCUCGGUCUCUUCACUGAGCGUCUUCCCCUCAUCAAAUCCGAGGUCCGUCUUCGCAGCACCCAAUCGAUUGCUGCGAUCGUCAAAAAGUCUGCGGCUAUGUUGGCUACUCCUGGCCUUACUGUUGGCCCUGCUCUUGAUGCUAUCAAGGCAGUCGUCAAGACCGCGGUGCCGCAAGAAGAUGGAGCGUUGGCUGGUGCGGUCCUUCCUGUUGUUGGGUGCGCCAAAAUGGCCAAGGACAACUGGACUGUGGUAUCUGCCUUGUCUCUUGUCGAGCUCCUUGUUCGUCACCUCGCAUCCAGGGCCAUCCCUUACGUCCAAUCUAUUCUGGACACCACACUUGCGCUCAUCAAAUCGCCCAAAUCAGCAGCGUCGUCCGUGGCCCAAGCCUUCACCACACUUGCGUCGACGAUCGAGACCAUUCCCACCUUUAUCUCUUCCAAGCAGCUCAGUGCUACCCUGAUCACCACGUUCUUCUACCGAUCUACCAAUGAGGCCACCGCAUACUCUAUGCUUACCACUUUGGCGAAGAAGAUUCGAACCAAGGCCAUCUUCCCGGUCCUCAUGGAGGUGUGGAAGACCACCCAAGAGACCGGCGGAGACAGCGAAAUGAAGGGCUUCUUUGAGAUGCUUCGUCUCACGCUCAAGAACGCCAGCCGCGAAGACCUUCCGAGCAUGCUUAAACCCGUGUUUGCAUUCUUCUUGGACGUCUUUGAUCUUCGACACCGACUUCAGCAGAAGAAUGUUGAUCUGAGUAUGGUCAAUGACGUGGAGGAAUCAGCGAUUGGGUCGUUCCUCGAGUUGGUCACCAAGCUGAACGAGGCGACUUUCAAGCCCUUGUUCGUGAGGUUGUAUGACUGGGCGGUCAUCGAUUUGGCCGAAGGAAAGACUGUUGAUCUGGAUCGACUGAACGAGAGAAAGAUCGUAUUGUUCCACGUCAUGACCGGUCUUUUGAACAAGUUCAAAAACUUGCUCUCUCCCUACAUGGCAACUCUCCUCCCCCACAUCCACGAGCUCCUCCCCGCAUUCUCAUCGGGUGCCAACACUUCGUUGCCUCUUUGGAAUCUUCUCCUCGGCACUCUUGCCAAAUCCUUUGAAGUCGACGAGGGGGCGUUCUGGACCGACGUUUCACAGAUCGAACUUCUCCCUCUCUUGGUCUCUCAGGUCUCUCUAUUCCUCCAGUCAGCGGGAUCUCCUGAAGAACCGCGAGCCAUCUCCAACUGUCUUGCCAGCUUGGCUGGCAGCACCACCUCAGAAACUGUUCUUCGCCGACUCAACACUUCCACAUGUCUCGUGACUCGUUCGGAUGACCCCAAGAUCCGUCUUGCGGCUCUUGACGCUUUGAGCGGCAUCUGGGAGGCACAGGCCGAGGAGAUGGUGGGUCUGGUGCCCGAGACUGUCAGCGAAUUCUUGGCGGAGCUUUUGGAAGAUGAGAGUAAGGAUGUAGAGAUUGCUGCAAGGAAGGUUUUGGCCAAGAUUGAGAAGGUUACUGGCAGUCUCAAAGAGUAUCUGGAAUAGAAACAUAUCUUGAAUGUAUAAUUGUAUGUGCCUUGUGAACUCUCGCAGUCAGUCAAGAGCGACUGCAACAUUACAUUGGGC